UUUAUUCCUAUAAAAUAUCGGAAAUUACGAGUUAUGACUGUCAGUGAUGGUGAUGUAAGCAACAAGGAAGCGCUUUGAGUGUUUUUGGAUCUUCAGAAUUUGUAUUUCUUGAGAAAAAGAAGAAGGUCGACAGGUUGAGUAGUUGCUCUUCAGGUGUGUAAAGAUCUUGACACCAUGACGCACUGGUUUCACCGGAAUCCUCUGAAGGCCACGGCUCCCGUCUCCUUCAACCUGUACGGAGUGGCCUCCAGUCCUGCUGCCAAUAAAAUCUGCAACGAUCUGAGGACGACGAGGGCCAGGCUUCUGGACAUGUUCACUGAUGUGACGUGCACUCCGGAGAUCAUGAAGAAAGCCAGUGAUGAAUACUUCUCUCUUUUACAGGGAUUCAUCGUAUCUCUGGACGGCACAACGAAAGAGAACAAGUUGCGUUUUAUUCAGAACUUUAAAUGGACUGACACUUUACAAGGAAACACACCCAGUUCUCAGCAGGACGCUGUGUUUGAACUGGUGUCCAUCUGCUUUAACGUUGCCGUCUGGCACACCAAAUUCGCCUCGAGACGCGCCGGAAAGGAAAACAUCACCGAGGACGAGGCGAAAGACGUUCACAAGAACCUGAAAAUUGCGGCUGGAAUGUUUAAGUACCUGAAGGAGGACCAGAUUCCUCGCCUCAUCACACCAGUGGAGAAAGGCAGAGACAUGGAGCCCAGAGUGAUCGACACCUACAUCAUACAGAGUCAAGCAGAAGCUCAAGAAGUGACCAUCGCUCGUGCCAUCGAGCUGAAGCACAAUGCAGGUCUCAUUGCAGCUUUGGCGCAGGAGACGGCAAACUACUACCAGAAGGCGGAUCACACACUGAACACUCUGGACCCCGAGUGCAGCAACAAGUGGAGGAAGUACCUGCAGUUAAAGCAGCACUUCUACAUGGCUUAUGCACAUUGUUACUAUGGACAGACUCUCCUCGCUACUGAUAAGUGUGGUGAAGCCAUUCGAAGCCUACAGGAAGCUGACAAAUGUUAUUUGCGUUCAGAGGCUCUGUGUAAAGAAUACCGUCAGACAAAAGGCCCAGGCAGCACCGCCAAACCGUCUGAACAGCUUUUCUUCACCAAACUCGGAGGUCUGAUUAAAAACACUCUGGAGAAAUGCCAGAGAGAAAAUGGCUUCAUAUAUUUCCAUAAAGUCCCAGUAGAAGCACCUGCUCUGGAGCUGAAGGCCAGUUACGGUCUGGCGGAGCCCAUUGUCUUCGAGCUCCCGCCGCUGAGCAUCCAGUGCACCCCCGAGGUCUACGCCACCUUCGAUCUCACCAGAGGACAGAAAGACGACAAGGCGACGACCAAACCCAAGCAGGAGGACGAGAUUAAACCUGUGAAGGAACCUGAUCUCAAGCCACAGAAGGACACGGGUUGUGUGAUCUCCUGAGCAUCUCUCAGAGGAGCAUCAGGAUGAGAGAGAAGAUCCUGGUCCAUGAAGUCUAAACACGAUUAAUCCAAAGCGGCCGAUUAGGUUCGAGCUGUAGGAGAUCUGUGACAAACAGGUGGUGGGAAAAGUCAUGAUAAUGAAACACACUACCAUACGUACUGUAUUUCUCCUCCUUCUCUUCUUCAUCUUCUUCUUCUUCUUCUUCUGCUUCUUCUACUCCUUCUUCUUUUAAUGAUUGUUUUGCAGAAAUCAUUCAUUCACUCCAUGAAGUGUUGAAGUGGACGAGUUUAGUUAAUAGAACAUUUCUCUAUGUGUAUAUUUCUAUUAAACCCUGUACUGAGGUGCACUAUAAUGCUGAAGGCUCUGCACAAAAGAACACACACACACACACACACACACACACACACACAC